UUAAGCACCAGUCGCCUACCAAAACCUCUCUUUCAGGACUUGCGUUUCUGUCAUGGAGACGUGGUCGCAUUUCCAGCGUUCAAUGCCAGCCACGACUUCUUCGAUUCUUGAAAGCGAAUCUCCACUCAAUUUUCAAAAUACAAAGCAAGGAUCCAAAGCCCAAUUCCCGUCUCUUCUCAUUCCCUUUUCCUCUCAGAAAUCUUCAUUUGAGUGUUUGAGCUCUGUAGAGAACCGAAGCGAAAUGAAGGGAGUUUUGGCUUGAUUCUUGAAUUUAAUCUAGAAAGGAAAAAAUCCGUUUCUUUUAAUCUUCCCAUAUUUUGAAAUUUCAAUUGAAUUUGGGAGAACGAAAAUAACUCAAUCUUGAAUUCCAACCCGUAAAAGAAAAGAAAAGAAAAACCCAUUUUUUUUCAUAUCCUCUUCUUUUCGAAAUUUGGUGCAGUUUCGCUUGAAUUUGAGAGGAGUGAAGGAAACUGAAGAGUAUAUGAGAGGAGUCUUGAUUUGAUUUUCAAAUUCUGUACAGAGGAAAAACCGAUUUCAGAAGUUUCCCAGAUUUCAUCUCAAUUUGGGAGAUCUGUGAAGGUGUGAUUUUUCCAAGAAAUGGGGGUUUUUUAAGAGAGGAAUUGAAAAAGAAGGGAGGAUUGGAGAGAGAAAAUGAUAGGAAUUGAUGGAAAGAAUAAUAAGGAGGAAGAGAAGGGAUUGAGGGUUUUCUCGCCCGGGUAUUAUGCGGUUUGUGCAGCGGGAGGAACGGUCAGUGCAGGGAUGACCCAUCUCGCCAUCACACCUCUCGAUGUCUUGAAAGUGAAUAUGCAGGUGAAUCCUGUCAAGUAUAACCACAUCUUCUCUAGUUUGAAUAUUCUUUUGAAAGAACAAGGCCCUUCAGCCCUUUGGAGAGGGUGGGCUGGCAAGUUCUUUGGAUAUGGUGUGCAGGGUGGAUGCAAGUUUGGCCUUUAUGAAUAUUUCAAAAAGCUGUAUUCUGAUGUAUUGGUUGAACAUAAUAGGAGUGUCAUCUACUUCAUCAGCAGUGCAUCGGCUCAAGUAAUUGCGGACGUUGCCCUUUGCCCCUUCGAAGCAGUCAAGGUCCGUGUUCAGACACAGACCGAGUUUGCAAAGGGCUUGGCUGAUGGCUUCCCAAAGUUAUAUGCGACUGAAGGCCUUGCUGGGUUCUACAGAGGGCUUCUUCCACUUUGGGGUCGUAACCUUCCAUUUUCAGUUCUUAUGUUCUCAACAUUCGAGCAUUCAGUAGACCUUUUAUACCAUAAUGUACUUCAAAGAAGAAAAGAGGAUUGCUCAAGAGCUCAACAGCUUGGGGUGACAUGUGUAGCUGGCUAUGCAGCUGGGGCCAUUGGUACUGUCAUUUCAAAUCCUGCGGACAACAUUGUUGCUUCUCUCUACAAUAAGAAGACUGAUAAUGUCUUACAGGCUGUGAGGAGCAUUGGGCUCGUCAAUUUGUUUACUAGAAGUCUUCCUAUUCGGAUCAUGUUUGUAGGACCUGUUAUAACUAUGCAAUGGUUAUUCUACGACACCAUUAAAGUGCUGACCGGAUUGCCAACAAGUGGAGGCACGUGCAGUUACUUCGAGGAGGCCAAGAGCACUUGUUAGUUACCUGUUUUGACUAAAGACCCGUGUUGAAAGGAUGCUGCACAAUCCCCUAUGAGUUUUCUUUUGAGAAAAAUGGCAGCGCAGGUUGGAAGCUACAUCCAUCAAUUAUAACUUAAUGCCAUUCCCGUCUUUCCAAUGGUAUUAUGAUAUUUACCACCAUCAUCUCUUACGGAGUGAGAUUUGGGUGUUGGCGAAAUGUUAAAACUAUCCGUGUUUUUACUAUAAUAUUGGGCAUGAUCCUUUGAUUAUGCAGGGGGAGUACCAGUCUUUUUGCA